AUGGAGAAAGCAGAUGCUGGCAAUCAGCCAUCAAAACCCACUGAGGAUAAAGAUCAACCCAGAAGUCUCCCUUAUUCUGUUGAAACACCAUAUGGCUUCCAUUUAGACCUGGACUUUCUGAAAUAUGUGGAUGACAUUGAAAAAGGAAAUACCAUUAAAAGGGUUCACAUUCACAGGAAGGCCAAACAGCCAAAGUUCAGCACACUGCCUCGGAAUUUCAGCCUGCCUGAGAAAAGAUCCCGUGCAUACGCUUCCUCCCCCAAUAAGAGCUGGACUGCAACCUGUUCAUUUGCACAAAGGAAGGCAUCACUAGGGGCAGAAGAAACCACCUGUCUUAUCACAUCGUAUGACUCACCACAAUCUUUAACUGCAGAGGAGCCAAGUUACAGAAAAAAGGCCCUUUUAGCAGAAACAAUCAGACAAGCAGAGGUCAUCCACCAUGAAGAAGAGCCUGGCAGCUGUAGAGGGAGGCCACAGCUGUUAAGGGCUUCCAGCAUGCCAGCCAAACUUCUACCAAGUAAAAGUUCAGAAGAGGAAAGUCAGUGCUCCAAGCCUUCUGAGCCCUCAGCACUGUCUCAGCCUUGUGAUGGAAAGAGCUUCACAGAAAUUCCCUUUAGCCCUGCAAAGGAGUUACUGGAUUCACACUAUUCUGAUAGUGUCACAUUACAUUUCCCCAAAGAGCCAAGGAAUGUGCAAGAGCAAAUCAAAGUGGUGUUCCAGAAAAAUGAGCAGCCUGAGGGACAACAGGUGAAAGCCAUCCCCGAGCUGGAUCCCCAACCCUUCGAGUUUCCUAGGGAGAGAAUGCAAAUCCAAUCUCCACAUCAAAGCCAGCAUUUCAUAGCUCAAGAGCUGCUCCUGGUUACAGAGAGUGGAGGAGAGGAAUGCUACGCACCAGAGACAAAUAAAUGUCCUGAAUUAGUCAAGGAUGAAUCAAUCUCAUCAAAUGCCCCCAAGUUUAUGCAUGAAAAUGAGAACCGUGAAGAAACAGAAUUAAACAUAAGUGAGAUCAUGCCAUGUGCACCAGAGAAGACUGAAGUUAGAAGCGUUUGGGCUAGAGCAAAUGAGGAAAACGUAGAUCUUGAACCUUUGCUUUGUGACACAGUAGAACCCAGCAGGAUCACAGCACUGAAACAACAGAUCACUGUUCUGGAGGAGCAACUAAAUAGCAAAAUAGAGGAACUUGAGCAGAUCAAAGUAGUGCUGAAGCAGCAGGAUAGUGAGAUCAAAGCAAAGGAGAGAAGCAUUAAAAUACUGGCAAGCUCCAAAGCUCAACUGGAAGAGAAACUUUGUCAGGAAAACACCAAAGAAACUGAACCGUCCAAGCAGGAUGGAAAUGUCCUGCAAUACCAUGAUGCUGCAGUGAACACUGAAUUUAUGCAAGCAAACACGUUUAAGGAGGCCUAUGACAAGGGUGUCAAUGUUAAUAUUCCAGUCGCUACAGAAUCUGUAGGAUGUGGUACCUAUGGAGUGGACAACGUGAACUUGCAGGCUCAGGAGUUAAGAAGAAUGCCUGUUCAUACGGAUCAGGGGUUGGCAGAUGUUCACACUGGUGUCAGAGAGGAAGGGGCUGCAUCGCUUGCCAAACAGAGAGGAACUGGAAUUGACACUGAGCCUCCUGUCUUUACACCACGCUUCACUGAGCUGAAGAUAGAUGAACAGAUCAAUGAUGACUGUCAACAUCAAAGAAAUAGCUAUGACAGACAGUCUUGUGCUGCUAGCUCUCUGAUUGGAGAAAGCUGUUCAAGAACAGGAAGAGCUGACUCGAAUGGAAAUAAACCAGGUGGAAAUAAACCAGUUUUUGCCGGGGAUGUAAAGCAAGAUCUGAUUGAGGAGGAAAACCAUACAGAACAACAAGAUUCCUCUGCAGAUGACCCCAUAGGCCAAUAUGUUAAAAAAAUCCAGGAGCUUUUGCAAGAGCAGUGGAUGUGCUUGGAGCAUGGCUAUCCAGAGUUAGCAAGUGCUAUUAAACACCCUGCAUCGAAGCUUAGUUCCAUCCAGAAUCAGAUAGUUAAUUCCUUAAACUUGCUGUUAUCUGCCUAUUCUACCCAAGCACCAUCAGAUAAGGAGAACUCGAACACGCAGUAUCAACAAUUGGAAAUCUCUCCAACCACAAGUCUUAAAUCAAUCAUGAAAAAGAAAGGUUAUGGUUUCCAUGCAGGAGGUAAUGGGACCAAAAAGAAUCUUCAGUUUGUUGGGGUAAAUGGUGGUUACGAAACAACGUCAAGUGAAGACACCAGCUGUGAAGACAGCUCAUCGGAAGGAAAUUCUGACAGCGAGAUGGAGAGGAAGUAUGACACUUUAGAGCACAGACAGGUGAAAGCUGCCCGUGAAAACAAACAUGCCUCAUCUGGAGUCUCCCAGUGCACUAGACAUGAAGACAAUGAGCCACAGGAACUGGAAGAAAUAACAAUGGCUAGCAUUCAAUCCAAGACUGACAGAUGCAAACCCUCAGAAGAUUUUCUUGAUGGCUGCCUGUUAUUGAGCAAACACCUUUCAGAAAUAAGGACCUCCAAUGACAAACAUUUGAGACACAUCUUAAACACGGUCUGUCAAGAGUGGUUCCGAGUCUCUACUAGGAAAUCCUCCAGCCCUGAGGUUGUUGCAGCUUAUCUCAAAGAAUUCAAAGCAAUUCAUCCCCAGCUACUGAAGAUGAUCAUAAACUUGGCGGAUGGAAAUGGGAAUACAGCUCUUCAUUACAGUGUUUCCCAUUCCAACUUUCUGAUUGUGAAGCUUCUACUAGAUACAGGUGUUUGUGAUGUGGACCAUCAAAAUAAAGCUGGAUAUACUGCAGUGAUGAUCACACCACUGGCAUCAGCAGAAAGUGAUGAAGACAUGGAGGUGGUCUUAAAGCUGUUGAAAGAAGGGAACGUAAACAUACGGGCAAGUCAGGGAGGCCAGACUGCCUUAAUAUUAGGUGUCAGCCAUGACAGGGGAGAUAUGGUGAAAGCCUUGUUGUCUUGCAAGGCUGACAUAAACCAGCAGGAUGAUAAUGGAACAUCAGCACUGAUGGUUGCCUGUCAGCAUGGCAAUGCUGAGAUCGCGAAGCUUCUUCUGGCUCACCCUGGUUGUAACACUACAUUAACGGACAAGAGUGGUAAUUCUGCUCUGUCUGUCGCUCUGAAAUCUGCCCACAUGGAAAUUGCAGAGCUCCUCCAAGCCCACAUAGAGCAGAGCCGGUCUUUGGCUAAAUAA